GUUAUAGUUCAGCCUAAAAUGCAAUUGUUGUUAUUAACAAUUUAUAUAUAUCUCGAGCGGAAUUCGUCUUAAUCUUGGAUUGAUUCCAUCACUGUAAUACACAGACAAGACAUAUUAACUGCCCAUCUCCAUCCAGGUGGGUGCGUACAAUCACGUGACGUCUUUAAACGAAUCACAGCCACGCAAGGCCCGAUGGGAAUUGAAUACUCAAUACAGCAGAUGCUUUCUAAAAUGCUUUAAUUUACCAAUGCGAUUCAGAAAAGUGUAAAGGUCAUAUCUGGGAUACCUGGACAAGGGAAGUAGCACUGGCCUCGAGUCAAAACGUUGAAUGUUAAACACUACUCUCAAAUAGAAAGAGAGAAUAAGUCGACAAGGACAACGAACUAUAUGAUAAGACUUCGUAAGGGAUUAACAGGCACAACGCAACGGAGAUAAUCCAGAAAAUAAAGCUGACAAACCAACAGCGUUGCAGGAUUUCCAGCUCUUCGGGAAAGCGACGAAAGAUAUAACGUCUAAAACCUCCAUCUAUAAAUAAAUAUGUCGCAACCAGACGCUACGUACACUAAGGAUGGGUACACCCCCGUGACGGUCCAGCCAGGAGCUACGCAUACAACCAUAAUACAGACAACAGUAAGACCAUCCGACUACCUUGCGUUUGCUGUAUUCAGUUGCAUAUGCUGUAAUGCAAUAUUGGGAGUCGUAGCCAUAAUAUUCUCAUGCCUUUCACGAGGGGAUGCUGACAACGGGGAGCUGGACGCGGCAAGAACCAAAGGCAAAAUCUCGCUUGCUAUGAGUCUCAUCGGACUGAUUAGCACCAUCAUCAUUGUUGCUAUUCUCAUUGUGGUUUACGUUGUCUUGCCGCUUGUCAUGGUCAAAAACCUCAGCGUACAACUCUCAGAAUCUGGCUUUAACAUGGAGUCAUCCGAUGGUGGAAAUCCUUAAGGGCAAAGUCUCUGCGUUGAACACCUAAAGUAAAACGCUUCACAUCAUAUGUUAUAAGAUCCAUUUUUUGAAUCUCCUUUGUCGUGUUGCUAUUUUAUGUCAUGUUAAACACAGGAUUUAAAUUAGAUAUUGGAAAAUGAUAUCAUAUAGAGGGACAUAUGCAUUUAAUCCUGUCUUCACUGGAUUAAUAAUCGAAUAAUAUACAGAGCACAUAUUCAUA